CCCUCCGCCUGCAGUAGAUGUGCUGAGGCUAGAGUAGCCACCAUUUUGCAUGUCUAGUGUGUUCCUCCCUCCAUUGCUAAUAGAGACGAUUCCAGUUCUUUUCUGGCAUCAUUACGGCUCAGAAUGCCAGCUCCGAUCAGACUGCGGGAGCUGAUCCGGACCAUCCGGACGGCACGGACCCAGGCAGAGGAGCGAGAGAUGAUCCAGAAGGAGUGUGCUGCUAUCCGCUCGUCUUUCAGAGAGGAAGACAAUACAUACCGCUGCAGAAACGUGGCGAAGUUACUUUAUAUGCACAUGUUGGGCUACCCGGCCCACUUUGGGCAGCUGGAGUGUCUGAAGCUGAUUGCAUCCCAGAAGUUCACCGACAAACGGAUAGGUUAUUUGGGAGCCAUGCUGCUUCUGGACGAGAGACAGGACGUUCAUUUACUAAUGACAAAUUGCAUUAAAAAUGACUUGAAUCACAGCACACAGUACGUCCAAGGCCUGGCUUUGUGCACUUUAGGCUGCAUGGGGUCCUCAGAAAUGUGUCGCGACCUGGCGGGGGAGGUAGAGAAGCUGCUUAAAACAUCCAACUCAUACUUGAGGAAAAAGGCAGCGUUGUGUGCAGUCCAUGUCAUCAGGAAGGUCCCAGAGCUCAUGGAAAUGUUCCUUCCAGCCACAAAAAACCUGCUGAGUGAGAAGAACCACGGUGUUCUGCACACAUCUGUUGUCCUCCUCACAGAGAUGUGUGAAAGAAGUCCCGAUAUGCUGUCCCACUUCAGAAAGAAUGAGAAGCUGGUUCCACAGUUGGUGAGAAUCCUGAAGAACCUAAUAAUGUCCGGAUACUCUCCUGAGCACGACGUUUCAGGCAUAAGUGACCCCUUCCUGCAGGUGCGGAUAUUGAGACUACUGAGAAUUUUAGGCAAAAAUGACGACGACUCCAGUGAAGCAAUGAACGACAUUCUUGCACAGGUUGCAACAAACACAGAGACGAGUAAAAAUGUAGGUAAUGCAAUCCUGUAUGAGACUGUACUGACCAUAAUGGACAUCAAGUCUGAAAGUGGACUGAGGGUUUUGGCCAUUAAUAUACUUGGUCGCUUCCUACUUAACAAUGACAAAAAUAUAAGAUAUGUGGCGUUGACGUCUCUACUAAAGACCGUACAGACGGACCACAAUGCAGUGCAGCGGCAUCGGAGCACCAUCGUGGAUUGUUUAAAGGACCUGGACGUCUCCAUUAAGAGACGCGCCAUGGAGCUGAGUUUCGCCCUCGUGAACGGCAACAACAUCAGAGGCAUGAUGAAGGAGCUGCUCUACUUCCUGGACUCCUGCGACCCCGAGUUCAAGGCCGACUGCGCGUCUGGAGUGUUUCUAGCUGCUGAGAAGUAUGCUCCUUCGAAAAGAUGGCACAUAGACACCAUCAUGCGAGUACUGACAACCGCUGGAAGCUACGUGCGAGACGACUCCGUUCCCAACCUGAUCCAGCUCAUCACAAACAGCGUGGAGAUGCACGCGUAUACGGUUCAGAGACUUUACAAAGCGUUGCUGGACGACAUUUCCCAGCAACCUCUGGUGCAGGUUGCGUCGUGGUGCAUAGGAGAGUAUGGAGACCUUCUGGUGUCGGGACAGUGUGAGGAAGAGGAGCCCAUCCAGGUGACUGAGGACGAAGUUCUGGACGUGUUGGAAGGUCUUCUGGUGUCCAAUCUGUCCACGCCCGUCACCCGGGGUUAUUCCCUCACUGCUAUCAUGAAGCUAUCUACUCGUUUCAGCAGUGUAAACCGAAUCAAAAAGGUGGUUUCAAUAUAUGGGAGCAGCAUUGACGUGGAGCUUCAGCAGCGAGCCGUGGAGUACAACGCACUUUUCAAGAAAUAUGACCACAUGAGGCCAGCUCUUCUUGAACGUAUGCCCAUUAUGGAGAAAUCAGCUUCUAAUGGUCCCACAGAAAUCGUCCAGACAAAUGGGGAGGCUGAGCCCUCUGCGGUGGAGUCAAAACAUCCACCGCCUGUUACCCAACCUACCAACCAAGCUAAUGACUUGUUAGACUUGUUGGGCGGUAAUGACGUGGUGCCAGUAAUCCAGACCACGAUGCCCACAAAGCCCGCCUCAGCCGGAGGAGAGCUGCUCGACCUGCUGGGAGACCUCUCACUAAGCGGUGGUCCAGCGCCGGCGCCCGCUCCCUCAGUGCCCGCUUCCCAGCCGCCUUUCCUGCUGGACGGGCUCUCUUCACAACCCCUGUUCAAUGACAUCGCUGCUGCAGGUAUUCCCCCCAUGACGGCAUACAGCAAGAACGGUCUAAAGAUAGACUUCACGUUUGAGCGAGCUAACCCGAACCCAAACAUCGCCGUCAUCACCAUCCACGCCACCAACUCCACAGAGGCGGAAAUGACCGACUUUGUUUUUCAGGCUGCAGUACCAAAGACUUUCCAGCUGCAGCUCCUUUCCCCCAGCAGCAACGUCGUCCCAGCACUCAACCAGGGGACCGUAACACAGGUCAUCAGAGUCCUCAACCAACAGAAGCAACAACUACGAAUGAGGAUCAAACUAACCUACACCCACAAAGGCUCCGCUGUGCAGGACCUGGCAGAGGUUAAUAACUUCCCCCCCCAGUCGUGGCAGUGAUGACCCUCUCCUGCUGCCUCUGCAAAGCGCCCCCCCCCCCCAUCAAGGGAACUAUGAAAACGAUUGUUUUUGUUUGUUUUCCUGUCCCUUUCACCUCCCGCCCUUCUUCCAACGGAUCCCCCUGUGACGUCGCUGCAGGCCGCUGCCCUCGAGUUGCAUGGGAAGCAGCGGAGCAUCAACCACUGGAGAAUAGGAACAGAUGUUACGAAGACCCUGCUGGCAUUACAUGGAUAAUGGGGGGGUGGGGGGGGGGCAUAUCAAUCAUCAAACUUUCCCCUUUCACUCUUAAUUGAUCUCUUUGCUUAGUAAGCUGAUGUAUUCCCUCCCCCCCCUCCUACACCCCUUCCUCCCAGACGGAUUAGUGUACGCCAUCCACCGUGGCACACUCUGUCUCUGAAGUAGAGAAAAAGUGUCGCCCCCCCUUUGGGCUCCAUAUAAUCUUAGUUUUCAUCCUAAAUGCAGUUUGAGGCACUUGAUCGUUAGGAUUGGCUCCGCUUUCACAUCGUUUUCCCCACAUGAACCAUCAUUCCUACGACGGCAGCAGGAAAAAACUUAGAAACAGUCCUAAACGUGUUUUUUCUUUUUCUUUUUUUCUCCACACUGUCAACAAUAUAACUUCAGAGUUGUAUUCAUUCUGAAUUAUAUUAAUUUGCUAAAUGCAUGUGUGCCGGGGUCACAAUCACAUCUGGACUCCGGCUCCAGCGCGUUAGACCACUUCCUCUGACUUGGCGGCCGGCUUCAGAUCGUUCGCCCUCCUUUAACACCUCGUCUGUAGGGAAAGCGACCGAUGGCUUGUAGGUCUGUGUAAAACGGUUAGCCUGUAACGUAUUACGGUGAAUACGUUACAGGCUCUGAAGCUUAUCCGAGAAACAAAUUGCACUUGUGUUAGAGAGAGAUGUGCGUUUUUAAACCUUCCCCUGCAUCCGUGUCGUCCGUCUAGGCUGCAAAACGGCUUCUGUUCGUGAUUUGUUUAAGCGGGUGGGACACGGUCGGCCCGCUCACACAUGUACAUGAAGCUUGUCAUGAAGGUAGUAACUUGCACUGAAUGCUCUCCUUUCACCCCCCCCCCCCCCCCCCCAUCUUAAUUCUUCUUUCCAUGUCUUCUAUGUCGGGGAUGCUCUUGUUAUCGGCGCUGUUUUUUUUUUUUUUUUUUUUUUUUUUUUUUUUUUUUGUGAGAGGAUGUUUCAUUUGAUUUAAUUUAUGCCUGAUAUCAAAGUGAUGUGCCUUUCUGACUUAGCUAGAUUUAAACAGAAGCCCCUGAAGCCCCUCGGUUCGUUUAACAUGACAACGCUCUCUCUCUCUCUCUCCGCGGGACCUGAUGGAUUUAAAUCUGCGUCGCUUCAUUGACGAGAACUAAAAUACCACUAAUCCGCCCCGCGACGCCGGACCACGAUUAGGCAAAUUUUGUAAAUUAUAGUAAAAUACUUCAGAUGAUUUCUAGAUUUUUUAAAAAUGAGAUAAUAUAAUCAAAGCAAAGUAAAUGGCAGCUAAUGUAUGUAGGCUUUGACAAGCAGGCUUCCCCCCCCAGAGCUCCCGUCUAUCGGCAGAAACAGAGUUAUUAGCGGAAAAGCUAGCGAGACGGUUUGGUUUUCAUCUUUAAAAGCUCCCCUCACACCCCCGCCGUCGGGGACAGUAACCUUAAUACCUCACGCCGUUUUUUUUUUCUGUUGAGCGUUUAGCGGCAGGCGAAGGGGAGCGUCUGCAUGAAGAAAGCUUAAAAUCUCAUCGCUUAACUCCACCCACCGCCUCGCUGCGCCGUCCAUGUUCAGCCAGGAUGUGCGACUCCUCUCACUACGCCUCACUAUCUUUUUAACGUCUGUGACCAAAUCAGAGAUCUGCUAUUAGCUUUGGAAAUAUUUUUUGAGCUCAUGAUAUGUGUGUAUAUGGAGAAAUGUUUUGGGUUGAACCUUCUGUGUGUUGAUGAAUCCUAUAUUGGCUUUUUUUUCUUUUCUUUUCCUGUACAUACUGAGGGCUUUUACUAUUGUUUGUCUAAUAUACUAUCUUUCAUCCUUUAUUUUAGAUAUCAUUUUCUAAACAAAUUCCAAUUACUCACAAUGUACAUUAUCUAAAUAGAGCUAGUCGGCAUCGGUCUAAUGAGACUCCUCUGUAUCAUCACUCAUUCACUGUAAAAGAUUUAUGAUCUGCUGCCUGUACAUUGUAUAUAGUUGUAAAACAAAAACGCUGAUCAGAUUAAAUAAAAUCCACAUAAAAGAUUAGUUGGAAAGUAUAAUUGUAUGCAUAUAUGUACAAAAGUAAUCUUAAAGGGGGUGCAAUGGAGCUUCGUUUGAUUUACUAUAGAGUCACGUUGCAGUCACGACGGGAUGUCGCCAGGGGAAUGGUGGGCGGGGCUUCUCUGGAUGGUGGGUCUAUAACGUGCAUGCCCUCUGAAUGAUGCACUGUACUACUGAGGAGCAGCGACGUGACUUUUGCUCCCCCCCCAAACCCCCCCGCCCCUCAAACACCUCAUGCAGCCAUUGGCCUCCUGCAGCGCGGCUCUCCUGCCAAGGUGCAUCUCGUUCACUUGGCCUUACGAGCACUCUUGAUCUUCUCUUCAACCUACUGUUUGUUUGCCCACUUAGUUUUUUUUUUUUGGUUUAGGUGUGUUCUCCCUCGCACAAUCAAAAUAAGAAAGGACUUUUUUAUAGAAGUCCCCUUAUGGCCAGUUGGUUUGCUUUUAACCUGCAUGGUUCAACUUGUCAUUUAAGACCUAGAAACGAUUCUGUAAAAUCGAUGUGAAAGCUCAACAUUUUUGUAAAGUAAAUCGAUACGGUGUUCGGUUUUUCUUUUUUAGAGCUUUUUUUUUUUUUUUUUUUACAGUUUUAUUUAACCUGCUUCUGUUUAAUUGAGGCACACCAGAUGAAGCAUGUGCUGCAAGGUAGUGACCACAAGGGGGAGCUGUGCAAAAUGAAAGGCUGGCAGGGUGAGAAAGGACGUUUCCUACACGUAUUCCUGAAUGUGUGUGUGUGUGUGUGUGUGUGUGUGUGUGUGUGUGUGUGUGUGUGGUCCUAAUCAAACUAUGUACCCUUGUUAAUCACAUCCGAUCAGUUCUUUCUACGAAGCUGUUGACAUUUUCCAAAUGGAAGUGAGCCCAACAUUGUUGCUUUGGACACUAAAACCGAUGAGGAAGGAAACACCUGCUGUCAGGUGUGUGUGUGUGUGUGUGUGUGUGAUGUUAGGGGGAGUGUGAUGGUGCGCUGUCUAGUCUUUUAUCUGCAUAGGACGUCGUUCUUUUGGCUGCGAUCUCAGCUUCUGAGCUUGCAUGUGAAGAACUGUAAAUAGGGUCGUUUCUACUCUCCACGUGAAACCUCUUCUUUUUUUUUUUUGCAAAAUGCAAGAAAAGUAAAAUCGUUUUUCCAAACCUGCCGCGCUCCCGUGACGGGGGCAGCACGAACGUGCAAUUAGAAAUCCUUCAUGAAGAGCUUAUGACAUGGUUACUGUUAUUUUCUUUUUGUGUGUGUGUGUGUGCGCUUCAUUUUAAGGGCAAAGAAAAUGCAAAUCCACCAAUCGUCCAAUCCUUUGGAUGUAGUUGCGUGUGUGUGUGUGUGUGUGUGUUUUUUUUUCUUUCGCUGGGAUGAAGUCAUUUUGUAAAGGGCUUGGAAGAGCAUCCAAAAGACCACGCUGGUCCUUGUCUGUCUGUUUUUAAAAAGAGAGGAGGGGAGAAACUGCGUUUACUUUACUUUGAAAACAUGAUCUGUAGCUCCUUCCCUCAUCGAAGACCUGCCCAAACCGAAGACAUCUAAAAAAACAAAAAAAAAAACAAGCACCUGUUUUAUUUUAUCCUUUGGUUGUUGGGGAGGGGAGAGGCGUGAGAUUCACCAUUUCUGGUCAACUGGUUUCCAGGUCCAUGGCUUCAAGGGGAGUGUGAAUGUCAGACUGAAAAUAUGAAAUGAUCUUUAAAGAUGAGAAGUUGUAAACUAUUAAAUGGAUUAUUUUCAAUUUAUGCUGUGUAUUCUUGUCUUUUGGGUUGGAGAUGAUGAUCAAGCGAAUAAUAAAAA